AAGCAUCAAUAGACAUCACUAAGCAUCGAUAGACAUCAUUAUACAUCACCAGGCAUCACUGGACAUCACUAGACAUAAUUAUGCAUCACUAGACCUCACCAAACAUCACUAGACGUCACUGGACAUCACUAGACAUAACUAAGCAUUACUAGACAUUAGUGAACAUCACUCGGAAUCACUGAACAUCACUAGACAUCACAAGGCAUUAUAAUCCAUCACUAGACAUCACUAAACAGAACAAGACAUCAGUAGGCAUCACUAGACAGUCACUGAACAUAAUUAAACAUUUAUGUUAGUAUCCUAAUACUUCAUGAAGAAUAAUUCAAAAGAAAUACAUCAUCAAACGAUUUUUCUACUGAUUUACUCAUUAAAUUUCAACAUGACACAUGCCAAGGAAAUUACGCACGCGCACAUUAGGCAAAAAACCAUGUGACUCAAUUUGGCUUCAGUUUCAUAUCUGUGUAUAUGAUUAUGAGCACAUGUCUCUGAGCUUUGCUAAAAAUAAAAUACUUGUUUCUUGUUGAUGUCAAUGCCAAAUGGAGCCUGUUGAUGAAGUCGAAGCGGCUUGUGAAGAGGUAGAUCCCAAUAAGCUUAUAUCUAAGAACGGUGUUCUUGGAUAUGAACGUACAAAUGGGUUUGAAGAGAUAACAAAUUUCGACGUAAAAGUCGAUGGGUAUGUUGGGGAUGGAGAAGGGAGUGUUAUAGGGUACAUCAUCCGUAUAAUUUUAGCAGUGAGGGAUCCAUUUAUAUCGGCAGAUAAUGACAGAUCGUCAAGGCAAUUUUUUUUAACCAACCGGCAGCUUGGUAACAACACAACGAUAGUAAACUGCCUCACUGCAAAAUUCCCACCGCUGUGGAUUGCCCAGUCAAAGGACAUGUUUCUGCCGCAGUUUGUAUACAGUCUAUGCAAGGAGUACAUGAAAACUCCAAGUGAGGAAAUAAAAAGUUUCAAACCUGUAGAGAUUGUUGGAAAACAAAAAACUGAUGAUGUAUGGGUUUUUAAUCCACAUGUGCAUGUCGACAAGAAUGGAAGGCUUAUCCCGCAAGACGAAAGAGCAUAUGUUUCGAUGGAAGCAAGUAGCUUGCCAUAUUUACGAAAUAUUAGCAGUGAUUUAGAUGAUGGAGCAGCAUUUAAACGACUUUUGGUCACGGAGAAGGCGUUGUUUCAAAACAACUAUCCCCAAGUUGUGUUGGCCCAUGCUGGCAGUAGCAUGGCGUGUAAUUAUGAUCUUAUAUUAAAAAAAUUUGAUGGAUGUGCCAUUCCAGUGCUCAUGGGACCAUCAGUAUCGGGAAAGACUACCGCCUUGAAAGCUGUAAUGAGUAUAUUUGGCAUACGAAAAUUUACGUGUGAAUCCAGCAGCAGAUAUAUAGAAAAUCGACAAAGCAACACAACUAUUCCAUUUGGUUGGGAUGAUGCGUCCGAUAUGAAGGUCCUAAAAAAUGUUUCAGUCAAUUCUUUUAAUGGCUGUGGAAGUUCCACAAUGAAGAACACCUUGCAGCCGCAUACUGUUCCCGUGGUCUCCACGAACCUUGACACAUCGGAAAAAAAGAUUAAUUCUCGGUGGUUGCGAAUUGAAUUUAAAGCACUUUCGCCAAGGCUAACUGGAAAGGAUAAAGUCUUAGCUGAGAUGAAUGUUAAAGCAGCUAUGAAUGAAGCGCACAAAAGCAUUUGCGUUGUCACUACCUGUAUGCAUAACAAUCUCGAAGAAUGCACAGAAAACGACACUUACUUCACUAUUUUGGAAGAGCUAGAGGAAGAAAUAGAAAAAAAGGGCAUGCAAAUUGAUGAUAGAGUCAAACUUAUGAUGGGACUUCUGCUUUUCUCUGCCAAAAAGAUUUUGGAAAAAGUUGAUCUAGCUGACGAUUAUGUCUUGGUAUGGGAGACAAUGAAAGAAGUUAUUUUGCCAGGCUACACAUUAAGAGAAUCAGAACAGCAGCCCACAUCGAAUGAGAAGUGUCAGAAUAAUGCAAAUGUAAUUCAUAAACUUCUACAUGAUCACUUGCUCCCUUUAGCGGCCAAAGAGGAUCCAAAUUACGUGAUGCGUUUUAUUGAUAAUGACCAUAAUCCUUCAAAAUGCACAUGCGGAAAGUCGGUGGUGUUCCACGUUAAAGAUGUGGUGGAGUUCCUGAGAAAAAAAGCGUCAGUAACUGGCGAUCAGUUAUUGUCAUCAGUAACUGAAAAUUCAGUUCGUCGUUUCAUAAAAUCGAGAGAUAUUGGUUGCGUUGGGGUGCAAGUACGAUUCCGACGGAGGCCCAAGCAAUGUAACGCGGCACAUAUACAGAGGAUCUGGUUUGAUCCAAAUGACCUCUCUGUUUUGGAUGAAAAACUUGGGAAGAGGAAUGAUAAAAGUGGGACAAAAGUGCAAACCAUUCUUGACAACGACAGUGUUUUGACAAAUGUAGAAACCAUUCUUGACAACGACAGUGUCUUGCCAAAUACACAAACCAUUCUUGACAACGACAGUGUCUUGACAAAUGUAGAAACCAUUCUUGACAACGACAGUGUCUUGCCAAAUGCACAAACCAUUCUUGACAACGACAGUGUUUUGACAAAUGUAGAAACUAUUCUUGACAACGACAGUGUUUUGACAAAUACACGAACUAUUCUUGACAACGACAGUGUCUUGCAAAUGUAG